AUGGCGACACAGUUAAGAGUCUUUUUCUAUCUUGUUCCACUUCUUCUAGCCAGCUAUGUGCAGACAACUCCCAGGCCGGAAAAGAUGAAGAUGGACUGCUACAAAGAGGUGAAAGGCACCAUCUACGAAUACGAGGCUCUGUCUCUUAAUGGGAAGGAUCACAUUCCGUUCAAGCAGUAUGCUGGAAAGUACGUCCUCUUUGUCAAUGUGGCUACCUAUUGCGGUCUGACAAUCCAGUACCCUGAACUGAAUGCACUCCAGGAGGAUCUGAAGCCACUUGGCUUGGUAAUAUUGGGCUUUCCCUGCAACCAAUUUGGAAAGCAAGAACCAGGAGAGAGUUCAGAGAUUCUUGCUGGGCUCAAGUAUGUUCGUCCAGGAAAAGGAUUUUUACCUAAUUUCCAACUUUUUGCUAAAGGGGAUGUAAAUGGUGAAAAAGAGCAGAAAAUCUUCACCUUCUUGAAGCGCUCUUGUCCCCACCCCUCUGAAACUGUGGUCACAAGCAAACAUACCCUCUGGGAGCCAAUCAAAGUCCAUGACAUCCGCUGGAAUUUUGAGAAGUUCCUGGUGGGACCCAAUGGUGUCCCUGUCAUGCGCUGGUUCCACCAGGCUCCUGUCAGCACUGUCAAGUCUGACAUUCUAGCGUACCUAAACCAAUUCAAAACCAUAUAG